GGAGAGAGAAACUCACAGACGUUUAGAUUGAGGAGAGAGAAAGUGAAAGCUGUUUGAGUUUGAGGGUUUAUGAUUUGUUUUAAUCGUGGCCGUUCAUAUCAAUCUAAUCCUACGAUUAUAACUAGGAACUAGGGUUCUUAUAUAACCAGGGUUCUUAUACAAGGAUGAGUUCUUACCGAAUCCCUCCCUUAUUGGAUCAUGUGAAAACAAAUCUUAGGGUGAAAACUGAAAACCUACAAUCUCUACCGUCCAUAAAAAUCAAUGGCUGAGAUUCUGAAUUUUUCUACGGUUGUAGCAAUGCAGCAGUAAAUUCAUCAGUAUGUGUUCUGUUUUUUAGCUUGUUAUUCCUCUCUCCAUCUUCACAAUCUGGAAAAUCAAACACAGACGCCAUGAAUUCAUCGCCAUUAAACUGUGAAGCUUUGGAUUCUCUCGUCAUCGAAUUCGACAAAUCAGAAAACCUCUUCUUGGACAACGAAGAGUCUUCUACUCUCUCUCCUCCUUCUUCCUCCUCUCUCUCUCUCCUCCACCUCCUUCUUCAUCGUCAUCUUCAUCUGAGUCGUAUCGAACACGCCUCCUGAUUCGUCGGAUUCGCCACCUGUUAGAGUCUGGUGAUAUUGACUCCACUUUGGUUCUCCUUUGUCUUCAUACUCCUUCCAUAUUACAUGAUCUUCGCCUCUUUUUUGCCUUCAAAAGCAGGGUUUGACAUUUUUGGGCUGAAAUUAUGGGGCGCGACUGCUCUUUUCUUCGAAUUGGUGGCUGUCAGAGCUAUUAACGCGUGGUCGAGGGCGGCUAGCUGGGAUUGUGCGUGUGAGAGGAGAUGUGCAGGUGUUGGGAAGGAGAUGAAUUAUUGUUGUGAGCUGCUGCUGUUGGUGUGUGUGAGGUGGAGCUGCGUGAGUGCAGAGGCAUCUGGGGUCAAAUGGGGUGGCGAGGUGGCUGAAAUGCGCAGUGGCAGUAGUGAUUUGCAAUAUAUUUUCUAUUUUUCUGAUGGUCCCAUGAUCUGGAUUGCAGAAAUAGUUAAAAGUUCAGAUGAUGGAUCUUCCAUUGUUAAUGCUCAUGUUGAUGGUGCUGAAAUAAGCACAGUCAUGAUUAGGAUGCAAGAUACUGAUGUGGAGAUGCGAUUCCCUUGUGAGAGUGCAAGUAACCAUGAUGAUUGUAGCACUAGCAGCACUCAUCAAAAUAAGAACUUGAAGGUUUGCCAAAAGUCGUGCAUUUGGCGAUGCACUUGAAUAUUCAUAUCAGUUUUUGUAUAUAGUGAGUGACCUCUAUAUGGUCAAAAUUGAAAUAGUUAUCCUAUUUUUGUAUAUAGGACCUCUAUAUAAAUGUUGUCAUAUUAAUAUAGUUACCUUACUUUUGUGUAUAGUGACUUAUGAGAAUAUGAUCAAAAUUGAUAUAUUUACCCUAUUUUUGUAUAUAGUGACCUUAAUGUAAAUGUUGUAAAAAUUAAUAUAGUUA